GUUGAUAUCUUGAAAAUAGGUCCAAGUGAUUUCAGGUCAUUAUUUAUCUGUCUAUAACAAAAAGAUAUUAAUAAAAAAAACCAACUUGCGAUCCGUGUCCCCCUUUCAUCGACCCAUCUAAAGAUCUAAUCAUCAUUUUCUUUUUCCAUAGUUUCUCCAUACUUCCAGUACAAUUUUUAAUCUAGGGUUUUUAAAUUCCGUUAAUGGCGCUCUCACAUCCCUAAAUUGGACACAACAUCCAUCGCCAUGGAAGCUCGUAGCUAUAGUAAUGCUGCCGCAUCCGCACCAGAUGGCGGUACUGCUGCUCCACCGCCUGCACCGCCUCCGAUGUCCAGUGUCAAUGCUCCACCGCCCUUCUUGGUCAAGACUUACGAUAUGGUGGAUGAUCCUGCUACCGAUAAGGUUGUUUCUUGGAGUGCUACGAAUAACAGCUUCGUCGUCUGGGACCCGCCCGAGUUCGCUAAAGACCUUUUGCCCAAAUACUUCAAGCACAAUAACUUCUCCAGCUUUGUUCGACAGCUUAACACUUAUGGGUUUCGAAAAGUCGACCCUGAUCGAUGGGAAUUUGCAAACGAAGGAUUCUUACGAGGCCAAAAACACCUACUCAAAACCAUCGUCCGCCGGAAAUCCACCUCCGGCCACCACCAACCACCGCCACAGCCCCACCAACAAACCACCUCUGUAAGUGCAUGCGUUGAAGUCGGAAAAUUCGGUCUAGAAGAAGAAGUAGAAAGGCUAAAAAGAGACAAAAACGUCCUGAUGCAAGAACUCGUGAGAUUAAGACAACAACAACAAAGCACAGACAACCAAAUGCAAUCAAUGGUGCAACGCCUUCAAGGCAUGGAACAAAGGCAACAACAGAUGAUGUCAUUUUUAGCAAAAGCAGUCAACAGCCCUGGAUUCUUAGCACAUUUUGUACAACAACAAAACGAAAGCACAAAGUUAAUAACAGAAGGGAAUAAAAAAAGAAGGUAUAAAGAAGAAGACAGGGUCAUUUCAGACAAUUCAUCCGAUGGAAGAAUUGUUAAAUAUCAACCAAUGAUGAAUGAUGCUGCACAAGCAAUGCUUAAACAGAUCAUGAAACUAGACACUGCAUCACCACGUUUAGGUCCUUUCACUUCAGGGGUAACUCUCCAAGAAGUCAACCCACCACCAGCCUCCGGUCAACCCUAUCUACCAUCAGUCACCGGUGUAGUAUCCGCACCUCUAGAACCAAAUUCCAAUCUCAUUGCAACAAAUCAGAGUCCGCUAGCGGAUGGUCAACAGCUGCCCGAACUGCCCGAACUACCCGAACUGUCACAGUUGCAAGAAAUGGUGCCCGGACUGUAUCCUGAAACACAGAACAUGGUGGAUGAGAAGCUUCAGUUAGAAAUUGGGGGGUUUUCGCCUGAUGUGGAUGUAGAAUGGGACAAUAAUUUGCUGAUCGAAAUGGAGAAAUAUCUGACCGCGUAUGACCCGUCUUGGGAGCAGUAUAUUGAGGGCAGCCCGGAGGUUGACACGGUUGAUGACAUGGACGCGGGCCCGGGCCUGGGCCCAGUGGAUGAUGUCAUGAAUGGUGUUGAUAGCAAAUCUUCGGAAAGUAAAAAUCUUGAAGCCAUAUAUACAAGAUCAUUGAUUUGAGAUAACAUGAGAGUUGGGUAUUCCUUUUCCUAAAUAUGGACUUCAGGACUUUCUUUUCAACCAUCUUUGGAGGCGGCAAGGGUAUAUUAGUCUUUUCCGGUAGGAGAUACUCAACAACAAUACAAAUUGUGUCAUCCGAUCCUUUUUCAUUUGUGUAGCUUUCUGCACAUGAAAACCAAGCAUUUAAAUCUGAAUGUUCAAAAAUACCAACAAAAAUCAUACUUUUUAUAACGUUACUUUAAUAAUCCAAUUAAUUAGACUUCUUUUUAUCAACGCAUAACCUUUCCACUUGUACAACUUCUUCCACUUGAAAACCAACCUAUUAAUCUCAAUGUUCUAAUUACAAUAUCAAAUGGGAAAUAGAACAAUAAAUAUUUGAUUUUUUUUUUAUCUAAAUAUCUAUUUUAUUCCAUUCCAUUCUUACCAACCAAACUCCUAACACAUUUUUAACGUCA